AUGUUUUACCCAGGAAUGUUUCGAGAAAAGCCCAAGGACAUAAUUUCGGACAAAUGGAAAAUAAUUUUGAGGGUUUCGGGCUUCCUCAUGUCAUGUUAUUUGAUCUGCUUCCAUGGGGACUUAUUUGAUAUACCAGAAAAUAACAAGCUGUCGUAG